ACUCCGCCUCGUGAACAGCUGACCUGGACGCGCCAGCGGCUGGAAUCAGGCAGUGUCGCUGAUUUUUCUGUGCCCGAGUUCAGAGACGCUCUCUGCCGUGACAGCGGGUGAGGGACUCGACCCGGCGGGGAGAGGCGGAGAAUUCUACCGUGAACCGUGCGGACAAACUGCGGAGCGGAGAGCAGGAAUCGCGCAGCAAAGCGGAGCCACACAAUGGUCAGACACUGCGGACUCGUGACAGCCCAGAACACCCCAGUUCCUCUGAAGAAGAUCUCGGUGCGAGUGGAGGUGAAGGGGUUUGUGGCCGAUGUGUCUGCAGACCUGGAGUACAGGAAUGAGGAGGCUGCUCCCCUGGAGGCCGUGUUCACAUUCCCUGUGGACAGCGAUUCUGCCGUCUACAACUUCCAAGCGACGGUGGACGGGAAGACGAUCGUGGCCGAGAUAAAGGACCGGGAACAGGCUCAGGACGCCUACGACGACGCCAUCUCCUCCGGCCAGGAGGCCUUCCUGCUCGAGGAGGACAGCAGUAGCAGUGACAUCUUCACCUGCAGGGUGGGCAACCUGCCCCCAGGCUGUGCGGUCACCGUCUCCUUCAGCCUGGCCCAGGAACUGCCCCUUGAGGCUGAUGGUGCCGUCCGCUUCACUCUGCCCGCUGUCCUAAACCCCCGGUACUCCCCUGCAGGCACCCAGGGUCCCUGUAUAACACAGGCCAGUGCCCCCACGGACAAGCCACUCUACACUUUGGAGCUGGAGGCUCAUUUCCACAGCCCACAUGGGAUCUCCCGGAUCCAAUCCAAUUGCCAAGUGACACCCGUGGAAUUCCUCAAUCCCGACAAGACGUCAGCCAAGCUCUCCCUGGUGAAGGGUCACGGCUUCGACAGGGACGUCGAGCUCUUGAUGUUCUCCCAGAAGGUCCAUGAACCGAGCGCCAUCCUCGAGGCAGGGCCGGGGUCUGCUGCUCCAGGGACCCUGAUGGCCGACCCCACUGUCAUGGUGAAUCUCUUCCCCCGGUUUCCCGAGGAUCUCCAGGACGUGCCGACAGGCGAGUUCAUUUUCCUCAUGGAUAGGUCGGGCAGCAUGGGAAUGUCGAUGUCUCACGGAAACUCCAGGUCCCGGAUCCAGUGUGCCAAGGACACGAUGCUCCUGCUCCUCAAGAGCCUUCCCAUGGGAUGUUUCUUCAACAUUUACGGAUUUGGGAGCCACUUCACCUCGUUCUUCCCGAAGAGUGUUGAGUACAAUCAGACCUCCAUGCAAGAAGCACUGUCUCAGCUGAAGGAGAUCGAUGCGGAUAUGGGUGGGACAGAGAUCCUGCAGCCCCUAUCGGCCAUCUACACAACACCCUGCGUGCCAGGACACCCGCGACAGCUCUUUGUGUUCACGGACGGUGAGGUAUCCAACACCAAGCAGGUGCUGGCUGAGGUUCAGAAGAACAGCCCCAGCCACAGGUGCUUUUCCUUCGGGAUUGGUGAGGGGGCCUCCACAGCGCUGAUCAAAGGCAUCGCCAAGGCGGCCAGCGGGAGUUACGAAUUCAUCACCGGGAAAGACAGGAUGGAGCCCAAGGUUCUCCGGACCCUGAAGUACGCCCUGCAACCCAGCGGGACAGGGGUGAGCCUCAGCUGGGACCUGCCCCCAGGGGUAGAGGCCGCUCUGCUGUCACCCCUUCCCAGCACGCUCUUCAACCAGCAGAAAACCAUCGUCUACACCCAGCUGAAGGGGCAGAUGGAUCCCGACCUGGAGUGUGGGGUGACACUGAAGUAUUCACUGGGGGAGCAGCCGGUACAAGCUGAGACCAGGUUCAGCCUGAGACCCAUCGAGUGCAGGAGCUCCUCUGUCCACCGUCUGGCAGCCAAGGCUCUGCUGGGAUCUCUGGAUCUCGGGUCGGACCGCGACACAGAGCAGGUGAAGAGGCGUCUGGUUGAGAUCAGCACCCAGGCCAACGUGGUCUGUUCGCGGACGGCCUUCAUCGCCAUCAACAAGGAGCUCGGCCAGGCCGUGCAGGGACCCCUUAUCCGCAGGGACGUCCCCCUCUUUGCAGCGAAUUUCGCGGCUCAUCAAAUAAUGAGAUGCCUAGGGGCUCCACUUCAACGACUCUGCGGGAGCUGCCCACCUCCUCCACCACCCCCUGCACCAAUGGGAAUACCUGUCAGCGGUUUUGCUCCUCAAAUGAUGAAAUUCAAAGGGGCUCAUCCUGGAAUCGCUUUCGGAGGUUUCCUGCCUCCUCCUGUCGGCGGUAUUGGGAGCUGCCCACCUCCUCCACCACCCCCUGCACCAAUGGAAAUACCUGUCAGCGGUUUUGAUGAGGACGAGUCACUCGGGCCCCCUGCCCCAGACGAGUCUCCGGUGCUGAAGCUGAUCGCGCUGCAGAACGCAGACGGAUCCUGGACUCCGGACCCCGGCCUGGAGUCACUGCUGGGCCUGAGCCCUGGCCAGGUCAGAGGAGGCCUGCCCCUGAAGGAUAUGGACCUCACUCUGUGGACAACCAUCUUGGCCGUGAUGUGGCUGAACGCCUUCGCUGCCGACUCCAAGGACGAGUGGGGUCUGCUGGUGACGAAGGCCCUGUCCUGGGUCCGGGCCCGAGCAGGUGCAGACCUCGUGGAGUGUGUGAAAGCAGGAAACCAGCUUCUGAAAACCUCUGUUCUUCCUGGGACGCUCGGACUGUGAGGGAAUUCUUGCUGAAUGCGUGUAUCUGACACGCUGUGGUCUCUGCCUGUGUCCCUGCCACUGUGGGCUGUACCACAGGGGCCGCCUUCUCUGAAUUGUAACUUUCUCAAAUCAAAGUAAUUCUCCUAUUCUCCGUAUUCUACCCUGAGAUUCGCUUUCUUGCAGCAUUUACAGGAUAGUUAACAUAUUCACUAGAAUUUAUGAAUAACUAUGCAUAAACAAAGACUGACAAAGAGACAACGUGUAAGAAAAGACAAACUGUGCUGUGAACAAUAAAUACCUUUGAGAGCA